AGGUUAGGCGAGGCGGGGCGAGGAGAAGGGAGGGGAGGGAAGGCCGUUCUCCCUUCCGAAGCUGACGGCCGAAGGGAGCCAACUGCGAAAGAGGGAGGCGGCAGCGAAGUGAAGUGAACCGAACCAGCGGUCUCGUCCCGGGCGCGCAUCUCGCCCCGUCUCCAGAUUUCCCCUUCGCGCUUGCCUUUUAGGAAUGUGCUGAUUCUUCUCACCCCGAAGCGCGCAUGGAGCUCCCGGAGCCGCUGUGGGUAAACAGGAGCUGUGCCAGCGGCUCUCUGAUCACUCUGGCUUGCCUGAAACAUCAUGCUGUUUGCCAAAUCAUAAAGAAUGUCAGUUCUCCAGUUUCACCCCAUACAAAUGUUAAUUUAAGUUCCAACUGGAUGGUAAAAAUUGAAGACAAAUAUGGCUUUUACAUUGGCUUGGCCUUGGCCAUCUUUUCAAGUUUUCUCAUUGGCACCAGUGUCAUUGUCAAGAAGAAAGGACUACGUCGACUAGUGGAGAAAGGAGGCAUCAGGGCUGGAGAUGGAGGUCAUGGCUAUCUAAGAGACUGGCUGUGGUGGGCUGGUUUGCUAACCAUGGCUGCAGGAGAGGCCGCCAACUUUGCCGCAUAUGCCUUUGCAGCUGCAACUAUUGUUACACCACUCGGGGCACUUAGUGUGCUUAUAAGUGCCAUUUUGUCCUCUUAUUUGCUUGGAGAACGGCUGAACUUGCUAGGCAAACUUGGAUGCAUGCUGAGCAUUGUGGGUAGCACCGUUCUUGUGAUACAUGCUCCAGAAGAAGAGGAAAUCACCACUUUAGGAGAAUUGCUUUCAAAACUGAAGGAACCAGGUUUUCUUGUUUAUGCCAGCAUCCUCUUGGUUAUCAGCUUAGUUCUGAUUUGUUUCCUAGCACCACGUUAUGGCCAGACCAAUAUUCUCAUCUACCUCUCCAUCUGUUCUGUGAUUGGGGCUUUCUCCGUCUCUUCUGUAAAAGGGCUUGGCAUUGCCAUCAAGAGUUUUUUCACUCACCUGCCUGUUCUACAAAACCCAUUGACCUGGAUUCUUGUCUUCACAUUAGUGGUUUCUAUAGCUACUCAGAUCAACUACCUCAAUAAAGCUCUGGACAUCUUCAACACCUCUAUGGUGUUUCCCAUUUACUAUGUGCUCUUCACCACUGUUGUCAUCACAACUUCAGUUAUCCUCUUUAAAGAGUGGGUCACCAUGUCUGUAGCAGACAUUACCGGGACAGUAUGUGGAUUUCUUACCAUCAUUUUAGGAGUGUUUUUACUCCAUGCUUUCAAGGAUAUGGAUGUCAGUUUGAAGAAUCUGCCACAAACAUUCCAGACUUCUAACGAGACGCCAGCAAUUAAGGAUGACAAGAAUACUUUAAUAGAGCUGGAUAAUCCAGACACCAAGGAUAAUAACAAACCCAAAGUAUUCAUGAUCUUCAGUUGAAACCUAAUUUAAUAUUUCUAUUUCUUUGAGUAAUGGGCCAAACAGUAUAAAAACAUGCAAGCAUCUGGAAGAAUGUAAAUGAAGCAUCACCAUAUGUGCCUUUUGAAAACAGCAACCAACUUCAACACAACUACAUCCACAUUUCUGCUUCUGCUCUUUUCAUCCUUGGCAAUGGCACUAUAUUUUGCACAUUCUAGAAUCAAUAGCAGUGGUGAUUAUAUUUGUGUCAAACAUGGGCCUAUUCCCUCUGCCUUUGGAAGAAGUGGCAUUGUUUCUUCCAGAUCUUUCUCACUCUUCCCCUCUCUUCACGAGAAAAAGCUGUAUUCAUUGAAGUGUGUAAAGAAUUUGAAGCUUCAAAAGAAAGCAUGUCUAUUUUUUCUAGCUAGGAAUACUCAAGUCAUUUUUGAAAAUAUGGUAAAAUAAAGAGCUACAUUUCCCUCCAGAUUGUAAUAUUGCCCAAGACAUCCAGAACUUUCAGUCGUGUCAAUGAAAGGGUGCAGUCUCAAAAAAUUGCCCUACAGCCCUUUUCUUGAAUAUUGGAUUUUAAUGUAUUUUGGUGCUUUCCCUAUUUUAAUUAAUUUUACUGAUACUAUUAGAUGUUCAGAUAUAGCAGCAGUUAUCUUUCAUUUUCCAUAAAUAUGAAUUAUAAUGUAAUUGUGAUAAUGCUUUGUUUUGUAGAUUAUAUUUUGUAGAUAUUUGGGGGAAAUUGGGUAAUUUCUAUAAUUUAGAACUC